AUGUCAAAAAAUCAUGUUCAACAAGAAUCAGCUGACUCGGAGUCUGGAGAAAGUCCAAGCUCCCAAUCAAACUCAAACGAAUCAAGAAAUGUAAUUGAUCGGAAUUCCUUGGUUGAUCAUAUUCGAAAAUCACUGAUGCAACGUUUCAACGAUUUUUCGAUAACUGAAGAGGCAAUUGUUUUGAUGAAUACAAUUUUGGAGCAUGUUCUUGAAAAAAUUCUGACGGAAGCAGAAUCCUUAACACAGAACAUGCGAUCGAAAACAAUUGAAUUAUCGUCUAUUGAUGCAGCAAUUGAAGAAGUAUUUGGAGGAAAACAACUCAUGUUUCUGAAUCAAAUUCGAGAAAAAACUGUGGAAAAACCAAAUGAAGGAGAGAAAUAA